AUGGGCUCAAUCGGAACCAUCUGGACUUACCCGUUCAAUCCCAGGGCCAUGAAGGUCCAGGCCGUGGCAGCAAUGAAUGGUCGCAGGAUUGACUGCGCCCCAGACUUUGUCAUGGGAAAGACGAACAAAACUCCCGAGUUCCUCGCCGACUUCCCUUUGGGCAGAGUUCCCGCUUUCAAAUCCAUUGACGAAGGACUCACCCUAUUCGAGUCGGACGCUAUCGCCCAAUAUGCUGCCGAAAGCGGCCCUGCAAGUGCCCAACUGCUGGGUUCCACCGCAGGUGAGCGGGCUGUCAUCAGGCAGUGGAUCGGCUUUGCCGACCACGAGCUAUUCGAGCCCCUGACGACCAUGAUCUUGUGGCGGUACGGCAUGGCCUCUUUCAACGAAGAGUCCGACAAACACUCCUUCCAACGUCUCAAUAUCUCUCUUGAAGUGCUGGAGAAACAGCUACAGGGUCGCAAAUACAUUGCCACGCAGCAGCUUAGCCUGGCUGACAUUUCGGUUGUCGCGGGGCUGUACUGGGGCUUCGCCCAAGUCAUUGACGCAGAGCUGAGGGCAAAAUAUAGUCUGACUACGGAUUGGUACUUGCGAGUCAUCCAAGACGAGCGUGUCGCGUCAGCCUUUGAUGGCAAGAACUUUAUUGAGUUUAGGAAGACCGACCCCUGA